CUAAAGAACAAACCCAAAUCUAAGCAAAUUCAAACUUGAUUUUCAAGGAAAGUUCAUGGAAUGAGAAGAGGUUAGAGUUCGAAGCUGAAGUUUUGAGUUGAGUUCCGUUGAUCUUUCUGUUCCGCUUCUGCUCCAUCCGAGAUCGAAGUUUUUAUUUACUCAGCCAUGGAGGACGAACACCAGAAAAUGGUGGCUCUCAAAAAGGCUUACGCUGACAUAAUUCUGAACACGGUGAAGGAGGCAGCGGCUCGCGUAAUGGUAUCCGAGCGCAAAGCUCUUUGUCUCCAGCAGGAUCUUUGUUCUGUCAAGGACGAGGCGCACAGGAUGCUCCUUCGCUUGAAGAACAUGAUCGAUUCUAAGACGCAUGAAAUAGAAAUAGCAUCAUUAUGCCACAGGAAAAAAGUUGAAGAACUUGAAGCACAAUUUCACGAGGCAGAGGAUGUGAUAACAGAUCUUAGAAUACAGUUGAAAGAGGUGCAAUCCCAGUUGGAGAAGGAGAAGAAAGACAAUACUUUCUCCAGUCAGUCUACCCUUGAGCCGGAUUCUUCCAGUCCGUCCUCAUCACAACUGCAAGCAGUGUCUUCUAAUUUGAAGAACACAAAGAUGGAACAGAUAGCCCAAGCAAUGUCCAAGAGUGUGCCAAAGUCUAUCGAACAAUCUUCUGUUUCUCAAGUGGACAUUGUCCAUUCUCAUGAUUCUGACUCUACCUCCACGGUAGUGAGAACUAAGGAGCAUAGAUCAUCUAGGAAGAGAUGCCCCCAGAGAAUUCAUGCACUAGAAAGGAAUUUCCUGGAUUAUAGUUUAUCUUUAGGUAUUGAUGUAAAAGAUAGCCAAGUCCUUGAGGAAAACGAACCUUUAGUAAAAAGAAGGGACAAGGAGGAAAGAGGCCUCUCGACCAGAACUGGAAAGACAGAUAUACGGAAGAAUGUACAUGAUGCUGUGUUGAAGAGAUCUGUAAAGAUCCAUACAUUGAGAAGGACGUCUGGUCCACAUUUGAAAGAGGGUGACGUGAGUUCUGAUAAAAGUGAGUAUCAACCAUCUCUGAUGGCUGAUAGUGGGAAUGUGACACAAAAUUCAUGUUUGCCGAAGGAGCAUAAAAUUGAUAAUUACAAAGAUGCAAGUAGAAAUUCUAAUGGAGGUCAACCAAAAGGAAACAUGAAAAGAGGGAUUUUAAAUGGUCACUUGCCUGAUCAGCCAACCAAUCCUUGCGAUAUGUCUUUUGUACUGUCUCCAUGUAGGACUUCCAUUAAUCAAGUUAAUGAUAGUGGGAAAUCUGGUGAAGAUCAUUCCAACACAACUAAGCAUCAGAGGAAGAUGAAGAAAUUAAACUGCUUGGAUACCGGACUCACAUCAACAGACAAGAAAAUGAUGAUCAGAUGUACUAGACAAAGCAAACGCAAGAGGGAAGCCAUGGGCAUUUCUGAUGAAAAUAUUUCUCCUGGAAAGAGCAAUGCAAAAAGGUGGUUGGGUGAGAAACUCAAAUUUGAGUCCGAGUUUGAGAGGUCUGACUUGAACAAAGAAUCAACGAGGGAGAGUCGACAGCUGUCUCAAGUUGCUCGUCAGCUUGUGUCUUUGUCUAGAGAAAGAUGGCAGUAAUAAUGGUGAUAUCUUUUCGUUCUUCAACACCAUCAGAACCUGGAUAUGAUUGGGCAUCAAGCACGUCGGUCUCCUGGGAGCUCUUCAGAAUUUACUUUUCCAAAAAGAAUCCACAGGUUAGUGUUCAGAUUCAUUAGCGAGAGAGAGAGAAAGAUUGUUCUGUGCAGUUUUGCUUGUGCCUUCUUCGCAUAGUUUAUGGGUAUCUAAUAUUUAGUUUAAUUUAUAGAAACAAAAAUGAAUGACAAAAGAUAUCAGAAGAAUUAUGAGCUUCAAUGUGGUGAUGGUGUGAAAUGAAACAAGUAGGGUCAUUUUGUGAUGAUCUAUGUAACACAACAUGUUUUGAAGAAAAGCAUGCAUUUGAGUUUAUAUUUCUACUUUUUUGAAUUGUUGUUCUAUCAUCAUCAACUUAGCACUGACGUUCCAUUGCUUUUCUCACUGAUGAAAGGUAAAGACUUUUUAGUACCCAAAAAGUGAGAAAUGAGAUCUUUUGCAGGUAAGAUUACCACUUUCCAAGACUCAUUGGUUCUUAUUAUUAAAUGUCUAAAUUUAAUUUAGUUAGGUAAUAAAUCUUCAAAUGAGUUCUUGGAAUCCGCUAAGGUUCAAAUGAAAGUUAAAACUUAUGAGCCUAUUUAACUAGUUCAAGUAUCUAUCUUAGAAAGAAAGUAGUACAUGUCAAUUAUUGUUGAGAUAUGUUCAUUUUAAGUACAAGUAGGUACAUACUUUGAUCAAGAGGUGGGAGACUCGAAUCCCCCACCGACAUAUCUCUAACUCAAAAGAAGGCUAAGGUUCACACAACCACCCACCUACGACUAACAAUCACAACCGAAAGAUUGAACACUAAUUUUAGACUCAAUCCUAAAACACUCAUUUUCCAAUACUUUCAAAGUCAUCUCCUUAUUAAGCGAGAAGGGACAAUUCUAUUCCUAACAAAGCCAAAAAGUAGGAUUCUAAAACAUAUGAACUAGAUAUCCUAGAAAGACAAGGAAUUAGCGCACGCCAGGUCCCAGCCCACCAUGAACAUUGAACAGUUCUACCACCGCCCCCCACAACACUUCAAUCCUAUUCCUAAGUUGGAGCAAUCAUAAUUCACAUACAAACUAAAAGAGAAAAAGGAAAGAAAAAGGCAGUGGCAGUGGCAGUGGAAAUUGCAGGCUUUAGCAUCUGUGUCUUCUUGUCUUCCCCAGCAGCUGCACCUUGUCCCUUUGAUUAUCAUUAAAGCCUGCUUACAAUGUUGGCCCACCCCCCACAACCCAACAAAAUAAACUCGAUUCCUUUCCCUCCAUAUAAACAGAGCACAAAUUUGAGAGUUCAACUUCAAACUUCAAACCCAGCUGAUUUUUGCAUCAUCAAAUAUGUGGAGAGCAGAAGAAAGUUACAGAGAAUCAAAGCAAGCAGAGGUUGAAGAUAAGGAUUCUAUAGGCACGGCUCUGUUAUCAGCAGGAACAGCAUUGUUAAUGGCAGCUUGUUUGAAGAGAGCUGUGGUUCUGUUCUUGGUUGAACAAUGGCGGAUCUGGGUGUUCCUUCUCUUAAAUCUCAUCCUCGUAGCAAUUUUCUUCACUUCAAGUCCUUCAAGUCCUAUAAGUUACAGCGAAAGCCAAACCCAAGAGGCCAAUGCUAAAAUAAAGCAGAAAAAGAUCGAAAACAGAGAGUGCAAGGAGGCUGAGAAGGUAGAAAAGCUUGAGAUCAAACAUCAAGAGAGGGAAAAAGAAGAAGAAGAAGAACUCCCAGAAGAAGAAGAAGAAGAAGAAGAAGAAGAAGAAGAAGAAGAGGAAAUUGGGUUGUCGAAAGAGGAAUUGAAUGAGAGAGUGGAAGCUUUCAUUGUGAUGUUCAAGAAGCAAUUGAUUUCAGACGCAAGAAGAGGGGGAAACAGACGCACCCCAUUGAGCUACAAUCCUCAAUAGCCAUAGCCAAACCCAAAUUCUUUUAUCCAAGAUUUUGGGAGGGUGAAGAUGAGGACUGUUUGUUGAGUUUCAAGAGGUUCAAAAAUGUAAUCUUUGAAGCAUAAUGUUAUCAUUUUUGUAUAACCCAAGAUAUUAACACUCUCAAUUACCCCAAAA